CCCGAAUCAUAAACAUACGGCCGCCAUGAUGUCAACUAGGCUGUGAGAGUCGUGAUUUCGAGUAGAAUUUCGAUUCCUCGAAGUUUCGGAAAUGGAGGAUCAACGCCAAAGUGCGGGUCCUCAGAAGAGGUCCAUUGACGACCUGAUCGAGAACCUGUCGGCCGACCGAGUGGACAGCGAAGGGCAGUACAAUCAGCUGGGGUUCUCGCCCAUUGCCUCUCAAUGGCCUCCCUACCUGCAGCAGCAACAGCCGCAGCCCUUUGUGCCCCACGAGGCGGACCAUCUGCACCGUUUCCAACUCGGCAACCCAAGGCCCAGUUCACAGCCCAUCAUUGGGGCCCACAACGAAGACCUUGUUGGUUUCUACAACUACAGCAGCCCACCGGUCAACUCACUGUUUCCUCUUCAAGAUACGUCGGCCAUGAGAUUCAACAACUUUGCCGGCUACUGCGAAAGUGAUGAGUUUGGACUGUUUAGGAGACCCGUCCCUGAACAGCCUCCGCUGCCUCCGCAGCCGAUGCAGGAGAGAAACUACAUUGACAAUCUGAUGUGCAACUGGUCCUCUCAAGGAGGCGGCACCUACAAUCCUUUUGGUAUAGUGAGUUCUCCAGAGAGAUUGCCAGAGCCUCAACCGCAACCCCCGCCACCACUGGAAGAAAAGAUUGUCCCUAAAAAGCGAAUGGUCGCUGAGGUGAAACCAAUGCGACCUUCGUACUCGGACAUAGUGAGCAAAUCACCACCAACAAAACCUCGCAAUUUGAGUCCCAACAUCUCUAACAAAACCGAUUCCAUGGCUGCCCUCAAGUCGUCUAAGACGACCCUGAAAAGUGGCAAAAUUUCCAACGGAAAGAAAGGCAGUGUGAAUGGAUCAGGUUUGAAACGACAGCUGUCAGGUGACGAGCCCUGCCCUCAGAAAGUCGGUCUUGAAGCUCGAACUUCAUCUCCUGUGCCAAUUUUGUACCAGAGGAGGGCGUCUGUUGAGGACGGCUCGAUCGGAGGAGACGAAGAUGAAGACCGGUCUGCCCAUGACAGUUCCUCGCAGUCGGGAGACUCGUCCGCUAAGAAUUCAGACUCUUUCAAGGUCCGCGCUGUCAAGAGUGAUUGCCGUAAUGUGGAGGGAGGCGUGCCAUUGAACAACCACAAAGCCUCCAAGCCUGGAGUGGCCAAACGCCCGUUGCACAUUAACAACAAUCUCAACUUGCCACCUCGGGCUGCUGAGAAGAAUUUGGUCAAGGGUGGAGGAAAACCCUGCAAGAAUUGUGGUGAAGACCGCAGAGGAGUGACUAAUUCAACCUCGUCCGGUGGAAAGAGCGAAGGGAAAAACAACAAAACUAGAAGUUCUAGCCAAGGGCAAGACAAGUCCGCCAAUGGCAGCCGCAAAGGAAAAGGCAAGAAGAAGGACUGCCCCUAUUCAUUCAGUGCCGUUUGGCCAAUUGUGUACCGCCACUUGAUCCAGUGGUGCGCUGUGGCCUGGCUGGCCAUUUCUUGGUUCCUGCACCUUCUUUCUGACGUCCUUGGCAUGAGCUCAAAACUAGGAUGGCACCUUUGUGGAUCUGCCUGUGGCAAAGUGAAACAAUUGGCGAGUGAUAGUUGGGGCUACGUGAAGAAUUCUCUGCCGUUUUUGUCCUCUCAGCAACAGCAGCGUCGAUCUCGGCACCGUCACCAGGCCUCACCGCCUCGCUGGUGGAACAAGUGGAUUCCCAAGUGGCUCAAGUGGGGCAGCAAGAAGCCAUGGGAGCACAAUGAGCCGUCCAAACUGGAGGCAAAUUUGCCGUUGCCCGCUACAGGAGAUGAGGCAAUGAAGAGACUGCUCUCUUGUAGAGGAAAAGACCCCUAUAGCAUUCUUGGCGUAGCACCUUCUUGCACGGACGAUGACAUCAAGAGAUAUUACAAGCGCCAGGCGUUUCUUGUCCACCCUGACAAAAACAGCCAACCCGGUGCUGAAGAAGCAUUCAAAAUUCUUGUCCACGCUUUCGACCUUAUCGGCGAACCUGGAAAGCGUCAGCUUUAUGACACUGAGCUUGCUCGCUCCCACCUAGAGGAAGCCGCUUACAGCGAGCUGAGUGAUUUGCUGAACCAAUUGCACCAGAAGAUGGAGGAGGCGGCCAACACGAUCAGAUGCACUAACUGCGGCAAGAGGCACAGAAGAAUCCCCGUCGACAGACCUUGCUAUGCGGCCCGAAUGUGUUCGCAGUGCAAAAUCCACCAUUCUGCUAGAGAGGGUGACAUUUGGGCUGAGAGCAGUGUAAUGGGCUUUCUCUGGUACUACUACGCCUGCAUGGAGGGAUCUGUCUAUGACAUUACUGAGUGGGCAGCCUGCCAAGCAGACAACCUGCGCCACCUGAAGGCCAACAGCCACGCUGUUCAAUACCGCAUAGUCUUGGGCAAGAGGAACAACAACCAGUCAAGCAAGAACAGUGCUGACGGCAGAAAGACGGACCAGCCGAGGUAGUGAGCCAGAUUUGGAGGACUUUCUGAACAGUCUGUACAGCCAGAGCAACGGACGCAAGGAAAACGACAGUCCCCAUCACCAAAAUGAGCAAGCUCGAAAACGAAAGGCCCGCCGCAAAAAGUAAACUUCUUCCCUCAUAAAACACAUUUGGAAUUCUGUUUUUAAAGAUACUUGUAAUUUGCCACAUCAUCUCCGCCAUGCAACACCUGUUUUACUUUCACUGAUGUAAGGUUUGUGCAAUUUUGUUGUGGCAGCAAAAUCAAAGAGGUACUCCCAAAAUUCUGCAUUCAGUUCUUAAAAUUUGUCGACAGUGGAUUUUUUCUUAAAAAAUAAUUUGAAUCUCCAUUAACAACCAUUUCCUAGAGCCAAAUUCUGUCAUUUUGCACCCAAUAAUGAAUUAAUCGGAAAUAAUCACUAAAAUUUGAAACCAAAGUUCAGGAAUUAUUUUAAUCCACUUCAGGUGUCAGAGCUGGCUCACUUGAGUCAAUGAAAUGAAAUUUUGUUCUUUUGGAUUUCCUGAUAUUUGAAUCAUGAAUAAUCUUUUAAUCAAGAAGUAGUAGUAAGUAGUACUUGAGAGAGUUUCCCACGAUUUCCACCUAAACAAAAGUCCCCUCACGUCAUAAUAUAACAUUUGAAUUGUUACCAAAAGCUUCGAUUGGAUUCAACUUGUCUUGUGCCCAAUUGAUGGGUUUUAGCAACAAUCAAAUAGUGUUUCAUUGUUGUGAUGGGUGGAUCUCGACCUAAAUCAUGCUUAAUUUGUACAGCAAAAAGAGAAACGGUCACCUCUGCCGUAUUAAAACAGCGAUCAAGGUAUUUUAUGGAAUGAAUUUUUUUUGCCCAGAAAGACUUGUGAUAUAAAAAUCGUAACACUUUGAAGGCAGAAUGAAAACUAAAAAAAAAGCAUUUUGACUUGCAUACCUGUGUGUGCAAAAAAAGUUCAAUAACUGAUAUGUUUGUAAUUUUAAAAAUCAUUUAACUGCUGAUAAUUGCGCUUGAGUAAAUAACAUGAUGAAUACAGUAAUUUUCAA